AUGGAGAUGGUGGAGGAGGAGAUUUGUAAUAGUAUGGUGGUGGAGGAGAUGGUGAUGGUGGUGGUGGAGACUUGUAGAUAUAAGGAGGUGGUGGUGAAGGAGAUGGAGGUGGUGGUGACUUAUAGUAAUAGGGUGGUGGUGGAGAAGGAGAAGGUGGUGGUGGUGAUUUGUACAUGUAAGGAGGAGGAGGUGGGGGUGGUGACUUAUAAUAGUAAGGAGGAGGAGGAGAGACAAAUGGCGGUGAUGGUGAUUUAUAAUAAUUGGGAGGUGGGGGAGAAGGUGAUAGGGGAGGAGGGAACUUGUAAUAGUAUGGAGGUGGUGGUGAUGGAGAUGGUGAUGGUGGUGCCUUGUAUUAAUAUGGGGGAGGAGGGGAUGGUGAUGGGGGAGGAAGGGAUGGUGAUGGAGGAGGAGGCGACUUGUAGUAGUAUGGUGGUGGAGGUGACGGUGACGGUGGUGGUGGUGACUUGUAAUAGUAAGGAGGUGGGGGUGGUGAACUGUAAUAAUAAGGAGGUGGGGGUGGUGGAGAUGCGUAAUAGUAAGGCUCAUGGUCGGAUGCUACAUUUGUGGCUAUGA